AUGCUGUUAGUUGAUUUGGCUUCUAAAGCAUGUCGAGACCCCACCAACUACGCUGAGGAGGUGCAGAAACAGCUGCUGGUUCUCAGAAGCCAGUUGGAGCUCAUUCAGAGCAGCUCCAGUCUGACAAGUGAGGAGGAAUUCGUUGACCUCUUGAACUUCACUGCGCGCCUUUCAGGUAUUGCCCAGUACAAUGCAAUAUAUUCUUCGCUAAUACCCAUCUUGAUUACAUUUACAGAAUCGUCUGCACUCCUUUUGUCACCCCCUUUGCGUCAAACCCUUGUCCAAACCCUUAUUCUCUUUGUCAAACGCGGCGUCCUAAGCCUAACAGAUACUAAUCUCCUAAGCCUUUACUGCGGACUCUUGAGGAUUCACGAUAAGCCAAUUCGCCAGCUAGUCUAUAGCCAUCUACUGAAUGCUUGCAUAAAGCUGUUCAAGGCCGGUAAAACAGGGGCUUCACAGAAGAUUCUUUCGUUCUUUAACAUGAAGAUGAGGGACGGAAACGCGCUUCUUGCAUUUAAGUUAACACAGCUAUGCUGUGACCUGUACUCUAAGCACGCGUGGGAGAAUGAAAGGACGAUGUCUGUCAUUCUUGAUAGCCUUCUAAACUCCAAUGAUAAGCGCAUAUCAUUGUUAGUCUUGCAUUUUCUCCUUUUAGAAAACACAGCUGCAGCCAAGGACUCAGACGAGGAAGAAGAUGAUCAGGGAGUAACCAAGGACGAGAAGAAAGAGGCACUCAAGGCGAAAAUAAGACACCUGCGUGCUGUUUCUAGCUUCGCUGGGAACCAGACGAAAACGCACAAAACUCUUGCCAAAGCUCAAAAGUCUCUGAAGAAUCUAAUGGAUGAAAACAACGAAGAAAAAGAACUGACGUAUGCAGGAUCAAGGCAUCCAUAUGAUAACAUUCGCGAUCCAUAUGUGUUCAUAGAAAAACUGUGCCAUAAGUACUUGGGCAGGAACACUUCGUUUCAACUAAAGUUAUUGACAUUUGAGGUUACAUCCAAGAUAAUAGCGCACCACUCAUUAGAGAUUCAGAAUUAUUACCGCUACUACAUGAAGUACCUUAAGCCGCAGCAAAAGGAUGUCAUCAAAAUUCUGGAGUACCUGGUCUCGUCCGUUCAUCCUGCCAUUUUUGACGAGGAAGUUUUUGCCGUUAUGAAGGUCAUAGCCCAUGAGUUUAUACACUCUGGGUCCACCGACUAUAUAAUGACAGUUGGUCUCAAUGCUAUUGCAGAGAUGGCAAAGCGCAAUCCAAACGCGCUCAUCGCAAACCCCUCUGCAUGCGAGUUACUUAAUGAAUUGGCAAGUUAUUCUAAGGAGGCAGUCGUCGCGCGGUCAUACCAAAACAGCAAAUGCAAGACAACGAGCAAAACUCGUAGGGGUGUUAUGACUGCUGCAAGGUGUCUACUACAAUUUUAUAGAGAGCAGGCGCCCGACAAGCUUGAGGCGAGAUUCCAGAAUAGGGAUAGUGCACAAGUCGUUCGCCAGCUCAAGGCUAUCGAGAGGUUGGCCCAAAAGGGCCAGGUAACUGAGGAUGAAGGAGAAGAAGACGACGGAGAUGAUCAUGGUGCCGAGGAAAUGGAAGAGCUUGAAGAAUUAGAAGAGCUGGAAGAUUUGGAAGAACUAGAAGAGUUUGAAGAGCUGGAGGAUAUUGAAGAGUUUGAGGAGACUAGUUCCAGAGACAAGACAGGUACUACUCAACUCAUGGGAAACCAGAAAGCGGUUCCCAAGUUCGGCGUUCCUUUGUCGAACAAAAAGAUUGAUUCGUCGGAUUUCUCCAGGAGAAACAUUGCAAAACUCCUAAAAGAAACCUACUCUGAUGACGAAGGAGAAGAGGUAGCACCAUCGAAACACCAGCUGAAGAAGAUGAAACUGGAGCGGAACAAGAUGGGUCACAUUCUGGUAAAUUGCAAGAAAAGAGGCUUACCAAUACCAGAGUGCUACUUUACGAGAAUUAAUGAGCUCUUUGGGCCAAUAGAUGAAUAUGGCAACCCGAAGGAGCAAGAUUCUGAGGAGGAAGAAGACGAAGGACAAAAUAUUGAUGGUGACGCAAUCGAGCCCGAAUCAGGUGAGCCCGGAAAGUGCAUACGAAUCAUUAGAGGAAAGAGAGGAAAGAAGAGGGCCAUUCUCGUUGAUGCAGAGUCAGCAGAUAGAUCUGAGGCCGACUCUAGUGCUGGAGAGAACGAUUCUAAUGUUCCGUUACAGUCUCGCAGACUUCUAACAGAUGAGGAGCUAGCGCGGAUAAGCGAAUACGUCACGCCUGCACGCAUGAACGAAGUCGAUCUGGAGAGCUUUUUGCCCAGAAAGAAGCUCACCCGCGCUGAGAAGACCGUUUUAGCUCAUUCUGGUAGAAGUGCCAAUGAUCACAAAGGAAGUAGGUGGGCAGAGAGUAUUGCGCGUAAGCUAGAGUCCAACAAGUCUCUUUCCAACAUACAAAAGCAAAAGACGACAAAGAAUAUGCUUAUGCUCUUGCACAGUCAGCGGGUCCGUAAUAAGAGAGCUCGUAGUGGAGCCGAAAAGGAUCGGAUUGCUCGCUCACACACGCGUAAUCAGAAGUUAGGAAUAUCUAAGAAAGCGACUGCUCGACGAAACUAG